AUGCCAUGGUCUACCAAUGAGUGGAUUUCCCGUCUACUAUCUCGUAAUGAAAUUAUGGUAGACGUUGUUCGAGGCGGCAGUGCUAAGGAUGCUCUAAUACUACAAUGUAAGGGCCGAAAGCAUUGGGAUGUAUACGACAGUUCCUCGAGUCACCCCUACCCUGGCGAGGAGGUUGGAAAGGACAUGCCUAUAGACAACUUGGGUGAGCCGCUGUACAGUGUGACGCUGGAAGAGGGCGACUUGUUGCUCAUACCGCGAGGGGUCAUACAUCGGGCUAGGGCUUCACAGGAGCAGGGCAGUUUACAUAUAACAGUUAAGAUACCCUCCAGUGACUUGUCGUAUGGCAUGAUGAUUCAGCGUGGCGUCGGCUCGUUAUCACCGGAAUAUCUGGAAUCUCGGCUGCGGGAGAGGAUAACCAAGAUCAACUCAGAACAAGAAGCGGCCUGUAAGGCAUGUAUGGCCCUGCCUCGACCACCAGGCGUCAUCUGUGACAACUCCCUUGUACGGAUAGCAUAUGACGUUAAGUGUGAGCUGGAGGAGCCUACGAAAGAGCGACGCUGCCCUACGGCAAGAUUCACCCGAGUAACUGACGAGAAACUGGAGGUGCGAAUCCGGCCAAACGACGUGUGCCUUCUGGAGGGCCUCACUACAGCUGCUCCUCUGGCCUUCGUUCGAGUUUCCGAGUUACCCUGUCGAGACGUUUUUGAGAAGAUCAGCGUGCUGAGUAUCCUAUACCAUAAGGGCUGCAUCGAACUUGAUGAAAGUCGGUAA